UAGUUUUAAAAGAGCUGUGUGGUUGAGUGUAUUCUACUUCAGGUAUUUAUUGGACUGGUUUCUGAUUUGGUUUCAGAUUCGCUCUGUGUGACUCUAGUUGUGCUCUCGUGCAAAUAUACGUGUCAUUUGAAACUAAACACAAUUCUACACCCCUCCUAUCUUGCAUACUUCUGAAUAUAUUCAACAACUACUCAAUUCUUAUUCAAAAUGGUCAAGAUUGGCAUCAACGGAUUUGGCAGAAUCGGCCGACUGGUGGCACGAUGCUCAACUGAACACUCGGACGUUGAGGUCGUCUCCAUCAACGAUCCAUUCCUUGAUGUCAAGUACAUGGUGUACAUGUUCCAAUAUGACUCGACCCACGGGCGAUUCAAGGGCGAAGUGAAGGCUGACGGGAACAAGCUUGUCAUCAACGGCAAGAGCAUCGCAGUCCAUGGCGAGAAGGACCCCGCCAAGAUCCCCUGGGGCGCUGAUGGAGCAGAGUACGUGGUGGAGUCCACCGGUGUUUUCACAACCAUUGAAAAGGCUAAAGCUCACUUGGCUGGUGGUGCGAAGAAGGUCAUCAUCUCUGCGCCGUCUGCAGAUGCGCCCAUGUAUGUGGUUGGAGUGAACGAGGAGACCUAUGAGCCGAGUGUGAACAUCCUGAGCAAUGCCUCCUGCACCACCAACUGUCUCGCUCCUCUGGCCAAGGUCAUCAAUGAUGAGUUCGGCAUCGAAGAGGGACUGAUGACCACUGUGCAUGCAGUCACUGCCACCCAAAAGACUGUCGACGGACCCUCCGGAAAGAACUGGCGUGAUGGCCGAGGGGCGUUCCAGAACAUCAUCCCGGCCUCCACGGGAGCGGCCAAGGCUGUGGGCAAGGUGAUCCCGGAGCUGAAUGGCAAGCUGACUGGCAUGGCAUUCCGAGUCCCAGUGCCCAAUGUGUCUGUGGUAGAUCUGACCUGCAGACUGAGGAAGCCAGCCUCCAUGGAUGAGAUCAAGGCUGUAGUCAAGAAGGCCAGUGAGAGUGAGAAGCUGAAGAGCAUCCUGGCGUACACUGAGGAUGACGUGGUGUCCACUGACUUCAUUUCGGACACCCACUCGUCCAUCUUCGACGCCAAGGCAUGCAUCGCCCUGUCGCCCCAAUUCGUCAAACUCAUCUCCUGGUAUGACAAUGAGUACGGAUACAGUCACCGAGUGGUAGAUCUGAUCAAGAGCAUCUCCAAGAAGUGAGCACCCCUAGAGAAACAACAAUAAUACUAUGCGCUACAAAUAGAAGUGCAAGUAUUGAACCGAACUAGCAGAAACAAAGAAACUCAACUACUGAGCACUCCCCAACAAAUUGAAUCUUGACUGCUGUAACCAACCACUGAAACGUGACCUGACAUUAAAUUUUGAUAUACACUUGAAUACGUUGCUGAGCAGUUUCAUGUGCUGACCUUAACUUAACUAAUGCUGACGAUGUUGCACCUACUUGAUAAACUGAGUUCAAGUUGAAUAUUUGAAAUAAUGUUGCCUGUUCACAAUUAAUGACUCAAAUAAAUUGUUUAA